AUUGAGUAAAUGGGUCCUUCCUCACAGUAAGACGUAUCUUUUGAAAGCGGAAGUGAGCUUGCUUUGGACUUGCUAGCAAGAGCCAUAUAUAUUUCCGUUUAGGCAGUUAAUUUCAGGUGGAAAAAUGCUGUCUAUAUUCAAGUCCAUUCCUUCGCACAUGGAUUACAAGGGCCAGAAGCUGGCUGAACAGAUUUUCCAAGGAAUUAUACUCAUCUCUGCGGUGAUUGGAUUUGUGUAUGGACUGCUUAUUCAGCAGUUUGGCUGGACAGUGUACAUAGUAUUGGCUGGUUUUGCAGUGUCUUGUCUGCUGACCCUGCCUCCAUGGCCUAUCUACAGGAGGAAUCCUCUGCCCUGGCAGCCAGUUGUAGCAGAAUCUAGCGGAGAGCCCAUCCAAAAGCCUCAGGACAACACCAAGAGAAAGAAGCAUAAAUAACUCAGCUAUUCCGUCUGGCUAUGAAUCUCUUUUUUUUUUAAUGGAAAAGUGAAGUUUGUCCUACAAUUACUGUUUUAGGUUGGUCAAUACAGUAUGUUUAAAAAGUAUAUAAACAUCUGAUGCUGUCUGUUUUACUGAUGUGAAAUUUCAGUUUACAAUACAUUUUCUGCACACGAUAGCGAAAUCUUUUAAACCCAAAACAAAAGUCAGUUUGUUUUCUUGUCUGCUAUAAAAACAUUGUGCAAAUCUCAAAUUUUAAUAAAUAAGCUAGAAGCAAAAAAGGCA